UCCCGACCACAAACCUCCCAGCGCCUCUCGCGCCCAUGGCGGGUGGCCUGUCCAAGGGUCGCGGCCGCGUGUCGCGGCGGCGCUGGAUCCUGGGCCGCUGGAAGCUGAAGCCGAAGCGUCUCGAGAAGACUGAGCCGGCCGCCGCUCAUCGCGCGGAGCUGUCGUCAUGGGACACCAGUUCAGGAUCAGAGCGCGGCUCACCCAGAAACGGCCCAACGCGGGAGCUGCGCCAGGGCGACGGCGACUUCGUCCUUCCCUGUGGCUUAUACCAGGCGCAGGUUAUGGACUUGAUGUACCGGCCACUGACUCCGGAGGACUACGAGCUGCUGAGGGCCUUGGACGAAACCGUGCCGAAGCGCAACACGGCCAGCCGCAGCUCGGUGGCGGCCCUCGUGGCGGAGCUCCCGAACCCCGAAGGCAGCUGCGGGGUGUGCCUCGAAAGCCUGCGGCGAGAAGUGCUGAGACUGCCCUGCAGCCACGCCUUUCACAGCGCGUGCAUCGAGAAGUGGCUGACGCAGUUUAAAAACGCGUGCCCCGUUUGCGCCGCCCCAUUGGAGGGGCCUGGCGCCGCUGGCGCCCGCCAGGCCGUUGGGCAUUGAAGGGGUUGUACAUACGACCUGCGGCCUGAGGAUCCGACCAAACGGAGACACUUGCA